UUUUACAAAGCUGAUUGCGUUCGCACCUGUACGAGCGCGCAGAAAGACGAAACCAACACUUCCGUCUCUGCCUCUUCUCUUUCUCCUCUCUGGCGGGAAGCUAUGUUCAGUUCUUACUGUCUGGCAAGCAAGUAAAAGGAUUGGCAGCGCCACACAAAUUCUCUAUCAGACCACGAACACCGAGAUCAACCCCACUCAGAGAUCUCUUAGCUUCUCUCGCAUAAUUAACUAUUUAAUCCUUGAAGCUCCUCUCAUGUCACAACCUCCUCACACCAUAUACCUCCUAAGAAGCACAAACUCUGUUGUCCUUUCGAUUUUAUGAUCAGCAACCAGACCACAACCAAAGCAAAGUGAAAGGGAAUGCUAUAGAUUUUUGAAGGAUCGGUUCACGUUUGCCUAACUCUAGCUGUGUUUUUCCGUUAGGAGUAUACUCCUGUUCUUGAAGAGAAGAAAAUUCAAGGAGUCAUCAUGGAGACCUCUAAAGAAGAGCCACCUCUGUUGCUUGACCGUGCUGCUCGAGCAACAAGAGGGAAACGGAUGACCAAGUUGCUUGAUGAGGAAAUUGAAGACGAUGAGUCGUUCUGGAAUCAAGAUGCUCUUAAAGAGGAAGAGAAUGAUGAUAAUUAUGAAGAAGAACCAGAGGUUGUUGAUGAGUUUGAUAGUGAUUUCGACGAGGAUGAACCUGAACCAGAGGAGGAGGCAGAGAAUGAAGCAGAGGAAAGGGUUCAGACAAAGAAGAGAUUGAUUUUUCCUGGGAAGCCUGUAACAAAGAAAAAGAAGAAGAAAAAGAAAAAGAAAGUCCUUUCAAGAUUAGAUAUCACUUCUAAGGAUGAAACACCAGCUGAAGAGUCUACCCAUCCUGAACACCAUGAUACCGCUGAUGAUGCAAAAGGUGAGAGAGUGAUUAGGAAGUCUACAAGAACUUCAGUAAUUGUUAGGCAAGCGGAAAGAGAUGCAAUACAGGCAGCUUUACAAGCAACAAUAAAGCCCAUAAAAAGAAAAAAGGAAGGCGAGGAGAAGAAGAUGACCCAGGAAGAGAUGCUUUUGGAAGCAGCACAAACAGAAAUCGUAAACUUAAGGAAUUUGGAGCGUGUUUUGGCACGGGAAGAGGAAGUUAAGAAAAGAGCAAUAGUGCAUAAAGCAGUCUACAAUGGCCCUCAGAUACGUUAUGUUUCCAAAGAUGGUUGUUCAUAUCUGGAAUUCAGAGAAGGAGCCUCAUUUCAGUCAGAGAUCUCAACCACACGUGCUCCAUAUCCUGAGAAGGCUGUUUGUGCAAUUACUGGACUACCUGCCAAGUAUCGUGAUCCAAGGACCGGCUUACCAUAUGCAACAAAAGAGGCAUUUAAAAUCAUUCGAGAACGUUUCCUGGUUGAAGGUGGUGGUUUGAAAAAGGAAAUGUACAUGGGUGAAUUGUUCGAUUCACUUCUAGGAAAAGGUUUUACAGCUAAGCGGAAGAGAUCUAAAAUUUCAAAUAAGCGUGAAAUUUCAUAUUUCCGGUUAUCAGCUCGGUUCCGCAGAUUUCCUGAUCCUGAAAGUGAAGAUUCGGAUUAACUGACUGGAGAAGUACUUUUUCACUCAAUACAUCAAUGGGCCUCUUGAGAAUUAUCAUUCGUACUGUCAAGCAAUUGCUGCUGUCUUCGAUUCAAGUAUGCAUAGAUAUUCUCAAUUUUUGGAUGAGUGCUUUUCAAUAUACAAGCAAAGAUGCCAAAUUGUGGACUAAACACCAGAUUUUAACUUAAAAUCUACUGGUGUUAUUUUUCAGUCUGAUCAAAUUUCCCUUAUAAGUUUUCAUAAAUUGGAUGACUGGUCCAAUUAACUUUUAUGUAUGUACAUUUUCCCUCAGGAGCACUAGUUGUCGCUUGCUUAUCAAGUUUGAAUUCUUUAA